AUGAUGGGAAUUAUUGGUGUGCGCCUGAUAUGGGGCCGCGUCAAAUCCUUUUUGGGCCAUCGUCCCCACGGAUAUGCACAAACCCGACAAGAUAGAACCGAGCUCAAUAAAAUCCAUGACCAACCAUCUGUCUUUUCGUUCUCGUUGAACGGAAUAAGUCACCUAUCGGUCUUUAAAACGUCACCAGUCGACGAGGAGGUUACUCUGCUUGAAAGGGGUGCAGCAGAGCGGACAGAAGACGGCAGGAUAUCAAGGUCACAAAAGUGUGGCUGGAUUAAUGGGGUAUUUCUUUGUGCCAAAGGAUCUACCCUUGUGGUUUUGCUCAAUUUGAUCUUCAUCGCCAUAGCUGCCGGACUGGCCAGCAGAUAUCCAGACAAUGAUGAGUUUAAAGCCUCGGUAAUAUAUCGGGGUAGUUGCACUUUAACCAAACGAUGGGAUAUUGCGCUUCACCUGAUAAUCAACAUCCUCAGCACCGGUAUUUUAGCUGCUAGCAAUUACUGCAUGCAGACACUCGUCGCCCCAAGCCGAGAGGAAAUUGAUGUAUUCCAUGCGCGGGGUCGAUGGCUUGAUAUUGGAGAGGCGAGCCUCAAGAACCUUUGUGCUAUCGGACGGUAUCGGCUAGCGCUAUGGGUGAACGUAUGGGACCUAAGUACUCCCCAAUUGGAAAAAUGCUUUAUGUCGCCUCUUUUUAACGGUACCGUCGCACUCGGCUGGCAUGAAUUUGCUUCCAAUAUUGCAAGUGGGAACUAUGAGCGACUUACUACCCAGCAAUGUAUCGAUUUCCACACUGGCUCGAGUCAUACAGGAACAAAGGCGCUUGUCGCGCUCGCGGACAACUUGACCGUGAGUGACGGAGGAAAUGCGUCCAUGCUAUUGGCUGAUGUUUCCGGCCACGAUGGGAUAAUUCGCGCCACCUCGUUCGCAAAACAGAGCUAUGGUGCACAGGGAGAUUUCACAACCUGCGUCGAUGAUCUUCCGUGGCCCGCUUUUGUGUCCUACGAAAUCCAGGGGUGCCUUGCUGUCAAAGCCGAAGAGCACUGUCAGUUGCUCUACUGCCCGCCUAUCUGUCUUAUCGUUGUGGUUACCGCGUCGGCAAAAGUGAUAGCAAUGUUCCUUGCAGCCCGAAUUGGUCGCUCUCGAUCGGCACCUCUUCUUACGGUGGGCGAUGCAGUGGCAUCUUUCAUUGCAAAGCCGGAUCCCACGACAGAGGGGAUGUGCUGGAUCUCCUACGCGGACAUUCGUCAUAAGCAAUGGAAGACUCCCUGCAGGACACAAGGGCUCGCUGACACGUCGGCCGGUGGCAGCAAUCAACAUAAAGCAAUCACGUACAAGCGACUAUUGCCACGCAAGUUCUGGAUAAAGGCACCUAGUGUAACGCGGUGGCUGGCAACUUUAAUACUAUGGUUGACGUGCAUUGGAACAGGCGUAUUCCUCUUUACAAACCCCUCAUCCCCCUGGUCCGGUUACCUUUUCAGCGCGAGCCGACUACAGCAGUUGUGGAGCUCAGGUGGUGACGGAGACAACUACGGGGCUGUGGAAGAAACGCAAAAGUGGCCCAUGUUGGGCUCCAUCGUGGUGGCCAACGCACCGCAGUUGGUCAUCACCAUCAGUUACUACUGCUAUAAUAGCGUCCUGACUAGCAUGCUGGCAGCAGCCGAGUACAGCUCCUACGGGGUUAAUCGCAAAUCACUUCGCGUCACCUGGCCCGUUAAAGGCAGCCAGCAGCGUUCGACCUAUUGGAUUAGCGUGCCGUAUAAAUACGGCAUUCCAAUCCUGGUGAUCUACAUGGCUCUCCACUGGCUGGUUUCGCAAAGUAUCUUUUACGUUUCAGCGACCCCGUAUAACGUGCGAGGCCAACCGGUUGUAGAAUCAGAGACUAGCUCGCUGGGAUUUUCACCUCUACCCAUGUUUCUGUCUGUCCUUGUUGUGGGUGUUAUGGAACGUGAGGGUCCUACUCGUGGGAUCAAAAGUGCCCAGUGGGAUCUUGAAUAG